UUGGAGUAGAGUCAAAAUUGAGAAUGGGAUGUGUUGGAGGAGGGGCUCCACCAUUUAGAGAAGUGAGCACUUCCUGGUUUGGCAGUGAAAACUGAAGAGAGGCUGCAUUAACCAUCAGAGCCUCAAUCAUGAACAUCUGUAAAACUUUGGUCUGCUUCUUCUUUUUCACACUGUGGCCCAGAAACACUGGUCUCAUCAAUGCAGAGAUCCUCGUCGCUAAAGGAAAUGAAGGAGGAAACAUCAUAGUUGAAUGCAACUACUCUUUCACUGGAAAAACAAAGAUCUUUUGUAAGGAAGCAUGUGAAGAAGGAGACAUUCUCAUUAAAACAAAUGAUGUCACAGCUACGAGUGGCAGAUACAGCAUUGUAUAUGAAGAGGGAACGUUUCCAGUAUCCACUACAGUUCUGAACGUGAGCAUCACAAAUCUGACUAAGUCUGACGCAGGAAAGUACAGAUGUGGUUUGCACAGAACUUUAACACCGUUCCCAUCAUACUGGGAGGUUGAGAUCAGAGUUGAAGAAGCCUCGGUCCCAUCAGCCUCCACUCUGACUACAACACAGUGUUUGAGCUUCAGUACAGGAAGCUACACACCUUCAUCACCUUCCCCGGAAGGCAACGAGCUGUCUCUAGAGCAACAGAUAACACCAGCUGAAGCUGCUCUGAUGUAUGUGGGUCUGUCUCUGGCCGCCAUGAUUAUCUUGUUCUUAUUUGCUCCGCUGAUGUACUGCAGGAAGCAGGCCAGUAUAAGCAAAGAACCUCCUGUGGAAACUGAGGAUUCUAAUGUCCCAGAGGACAACCUUACAGGUUACACAUACGUCAUUUACACCAAACCAAAUGGAGUGAAAUCCACAGACGAGUACAGCUUUGCCACUGCAGCCACUUCUCAGAAAACAAUGGAAGAUACUUCAAGUAAAGUAAUCUACUCUGAGGUAGAUUUUGAAAAAAGGGCAUACAAUAUUAUGUCGAAAAAAGUUUCAUAAAAGUCAUAGUAUAGUAUGCCGAAGAAAUUGAGGAAA